AUGGGUGACCAAGGAUUCCUAAAACAAAAAUCGGGAUUUGCUACCCUUGCAAUCCGUGCAGGACAAGAUCCAGACAAAUGGGAAUCAAAGGCUGUGGUUAUGCCCAUUGUAACAGCCACAACAUUUAAACAAACAGGACCUGCUGAAUACAAGGAAUUUGACUACAGUCGAUCUGGUAACCCAACAAGAAAUAGCCUUGAAGAAUGCUUAGCGGCCCUGGAUGGAGGCAAAUAUGGUUUGACCUUCGCAUCAGGUUUGGGAGCUAUUACCACCGUCGUGACUUUAUUGAAUCAAGGAGAACACAUUCUUUGCUGCGACGAUGUGUACGGUGGCACUAACAGAUUGUUGAGGAAUGUUCUUGAAAGACAUGGUAUUGAAGUAUCGUUUGCGGACUUUACAAACGUCGAAUACAUCAAGAAUUCAAUUAAGGAAAAUACAAAGAUGAUUUGGGUAGAAACACCCACGAACCCACUUCUCAAGGUAAUUGAUAUGGAAGCGGUAGUAAAAAUCGCGAAGCCCAAAGACAUUGUAGUUGUAGUAGACAAUACAUUCCUUACACCGUACUUGCAAAGGCCUCUAGACUUUGGGGUCGAUAUUGUCUUGUACUCCAUCACCAAGUACAUGAACGGACAUGCUGAUGUCAUCAUGGGAGCCAUUGUCGUCAAUGAUGAUGCUCUAGAGAAGAAGCUUCGCUUUUUACAAAACAGUAUGGGCAUCGUUCCUUCUCCAAUGGACUGCUACUUGGUAAGCAGAAGUCUGAAAACGCUCGCUAUACGCAUGGAACAGCACAAGAAGUCAUCUCUGAUUGUAGCCAACUGGCUCGUUAAACAUCCCAAUAUUAUCGAAGUACUUCAUCCGGGACUUCCAUCCCACCCUCAGUACGAGAUUGCGAAGCGCCAAAUGUCGGGCCAUUCAGGAACAUUCAGCUUUAGGCACAAUGGUGACCUUAAGGAAUCUCAGAAAUUGUUGAGAGCUCUUAAGAUGUUCAUGGUAGCUGAGAGUUUGGGCGGAUACGAAAGUCUCGCGGAGUUACCUACUCUGAUGACGCACGCAUCAGUUCCUGCAGAACAGCGAGCAGCGUUGGGUAUUACGCACAACCUUAUCAGAAUAUCAGUGGGCUUAGAAGACGUCGAAGAUCUCAUUCAAGACUUAGACCAAUCGUUCAAAGUCGCAUUCGAAUAA